AUGGCCACCAUCUCACACUCCAAGCGACCACACUUCCUCAGCAACAACCGAAGCGGGAGCAGCGUCUCCUCACGCUCCUUCUCCGCACCCGUUGAACACUCGCUAAGGGAAUACCCACGUGUCUUCCAGGGCACCGAUGCCGUGCCUCAGAACCAGAGGGUAGCCCUCCACCGAAUCAUCGACACACACCAAGCUCUCGAUCUCAAGUACGAGCAAGAGCAAGUCUCCACACCCACCAGCACCACAAGCGGACGGCCAACGUCGUCGUCUUCCUCCAUCCUAUCCAACGACCCCUUCACCCUCGACCUCAACAGCCUACCCGUCCAAGACGCAGAAAUUCGAGCCUUCCGCUACCUCCUCCGACUCUGGGACCCAAAAUCCUAUCCCGAAGACCCAGAAUUCGAUGCCGCCAUCGCACCCCGCAAAGGGCAGUUUGAAGAAAAAGCAAUGAAGCACUUCAUCAACCGCGUGGCACUCUGGGACGUAAGCGGCGACGCAGGCCAGGGCAUGACUCGGAGCAUCUUUGCUUUCCGGCGAAGACGCUCACGGGCGAAGAGCGUGUCACAGACGCUGAACGAGGGCGCGGACGAAGGACGGGAUGCGCUCAAGGAGGCUACGACGAGAGAGGGGCUAGCGCAGCUCAUAUGGACACUACUGCAUGAUCCCAAGGUGCUGAAUGAAUCGGCGCUUGGGGAUAGGUGUAUGGAGGCGCUGAAGGAGAUGUAUCGGCUGACGUCGCCGACGGGUUGA